UCCAUCUCACCUGGGGGCUUCAGAGAGACAAUACAACAGGUGUUAAUGGUGCAAAGUCAACACGAACAGAGCUCCACACAAUGCAACACGGCAUCACAGGACACCUGUUGGGUCUGGUUGCUGACAUGGCACAACACUCAUAUUACAGUUCUUGGUGCCGGACAGGAAAGCUUUACUCUGGAGCUCUGCAUGGACAUCUAUGGAUGCUGUUUAAAAAGUCCUCAGCAUGCCGUCGUCCAACCAGGGCUGGCCUGAGGAGUUCGGCUUCCUGCUGGGCGGCAAUGGCCCCAGCUACAUCCUGUCGGUGGAGGAGGGCAGCAGCGCUCACCUGGCCGGGCUGCAGGCGGGGGACCAGGUCCUGGAGAUCGAGGGCCACAAUGUGUCAACGCUAGGCCCCCAAGCUGUCGUGGCCAUCGCCCAGACUCAGAAGAACAUCCCUCCGAGCAUCGGAGUGGUGUCCCGCAUACAGCAGAUGGACAUCAUACCGGGUCCGGACGGUCGUUUUGGGUUCACCAUCGUGGGAGACUGCCCCCUGCUGGUGGAGGACUGCUCGCCCUGCUCUCCGGCCGGCCGUGCAGGUCUGAAGGCGGGGGAUUACGUCAUGGAGGUGAACGGGAUCCCCGUCCGGCAGCACGAGACGGCCGCGGCGCUGAUCAAAGCCUCGCAGGGCCGGACGCUCCGCCUGGGGGUGCUGUGUCUCGGCCCGCGGCAGAAACACAGCAUCAGCAUAGAGGACAGUCAGGUGGGAGGAGACGGAGCGAGGCUGGACCGCAAACACAAAGCUCUGGAGUUCAACAGGAGGGUGGAACAGAUUCUAGGUGAUGAACCCGAAGUGAAAGAGAAGCUCUUCACGGCUCUGAAGCAGUACGCAGCGGAGAAGAGAGUGGAGUGGUUGGCCUCGGUGCUGCCAGACAUCCUGAACACUGAAGAGCACCGACAGCUCAUCUCCAACAUCCGAAUCUUCAUUCCCAAGAAGCACCGGCAGCGCUUCGACGAGUCCGUGUCCCAGAACGUGAUCAACCGGCUCUGUCGCAGCAAGAGCAUCAGCGAGCCGCAGGGAAGGAUCCGGAGGAGUCGGAGCGAGGAUCAUUCGGACCGGCACCACGGGUCCAAACGGGCCAGCUCGGUGCCAAGAGAUGGGGAACCAGGGGGGAGAGGGGAGACGGAGAGGGAGAGGGACCGGGGGGUAAGGAAGUCCAGCUCGGGGAUACCGCCACAUCCCCCCCUCGGACCCAAUCAGAGGAUCGUUCGUGUUUACCGGGGGAAGAAGAACUUCGGCUUCACGCUGCGAGGCCACGCCCCCGUCUGCCUCGACUCCGUGAUCUCAGACAGUCCUGCGGAGGAAUGUGGACUGAAAACAGGCGACCGCAUCCUCUUCCUGAAUGGACUGGACAUGAGGAACUGCUCCCAUGAGAAGGUGGUGUCCAUGCUUCAGGGCAGCGGGGCGAUGCCCACUCUGGUGGUGGAGGACGGGCCGUCUGAGUUCUCCUCAGAACAAAACGACCCGGAGGAAUCCCCGAGCCGAGCCCCCUCCACCAUGCCUCGCUCCAGGUCUCCAGCCCUCAGUUCUCUGCAGUGGGUCGCAGAGAUCCUCCCCCCGAGCAUCAAAGUCCACGGGCGGACCUUCAGCCAGCAGCUGGAGCACCUGCUCACCAUCCAGGAGAGAUACACCGUCUGCAAGUCCCUGGAGACCUUCUUCCAGCACAGGAAUGUGGACACUCUGAUUGUCGACGUGUUUCCGGUGUUGGACACUCCGGCCAAACAGCUGAUCUGGCAGUUCAUCUACCAGCUCCUGACGUACGACGAGCAGGAGCGCUGCCAGGGGAAACUGUCACGCUUCCUGGGCUUCAAGAGCAGCGCCGUUUUGGAGCCUGGCGUCAGCCCGGAGCAGCACCACCGGCGGAGCAGCUCCAUGAGGAUCUCGGGGUCGUCGUUCCGCAACCCGAUCCGAGAGAGGAGCUCUGACGACUGCAUCAUCGGGACUCACCUGGGAAUGGGAAUACAUGUGGAUGAAUCCGGGAGCCCGGAGGAGAGGCAGUCAGGAGACGGGACCUCCUUCCCCGAGUCCCCUGACCUCAACCAUAUGACAGGUGUUUACACGGAGCUGGAGAACGUUUACGCAGGCAAGAGUGUGUCGGCGCUGCAGGGCUCCUCAGGAGAGCCCGAGGGCCCGGGACAGACCGAGGCCUACGGGCGCCCUCUCUCCCCCCUCACACUCCCCCCUCUCAAAGGUAACCGUAAAUCCGGCCUCUCCCUGUCCUGGAAGGAGCCUCUCCCCACUCCGGUGUAUGAGAUCCACCACCAGAGCAGCGUGGACUCCAACCCCUACGUGUGUCUGGAGAGCCCCCCCGCCUCCCCUCACUCGGACGGAGGGCCGAACACGCUGACCCGCCGCAAGAAACUGUUCACGUUCUCCCGUCCGCCUCGCAGCCGGGACACCGACAAGUUCCUGGACGCUCUGAGCGAGCAGCUGGGACACCGAGUCACUCUAGUGGACGACUUCGUACACGGGGAGAACGACUACGAAGAGAUAUAUGAAGGAGGUUGUCAUGGUUUCAGAAGAAGAGGGGUGUCUAUGAGUUUCCAGGAGGACCAGGACGUGGGCUUCAUGCCCCGGCAGCUCAGCAGCGGCAGCAGUGAGGACCACAGCAGCUCCUCCCCCUCCUCUCCAUCCUACUCCUCCGGGUCAGAACCCAUCCCUCCUCCUCCCACCCAGAGCCCCCCGCCUCCUCCACCUUUCCAGGGUCUCAUCCCGCCCCCUGUGCAAUUCACCGACCCCCUUCCUCCAGUCCGAUUCUCCCCCGAACACGUCCCCCGCAGCCGGAUGCCCUUCCAGCCUCACCACCCCAUCAUCCCUCCCCCUCCUCCCCCUCCCAGGACCCUCCUCUCCAGCCGCUCCCCUCUCCACCACCGAGACGAAGGGGAGAAAUCUCACCAGCGCUUCCAGACCACCACCACGUCCACGCGCCUCUCCCACGCUCACACCACCCUGCGCCCCUCUCAGCAGUCCCGCCCCUGCUACCUCCCCCGGCAGCACAGCCAACCCCAGCCCCUCCUCCAGCCCUCCCCCCUUCCCUCCCCCCAGCCAUCCCCCCAGCCGCUGAGACCCAGCCAGCUCGUCCUGCAGAGGCACCACCAGCUCCACCACCAGCACAGCUACCAGGGCCCGCUGCCCCCCUCCCUCCACGACCACAGUUCCUCCUGUCAGAACCAGAACCAAGGCCCCCCCCCCGGAUCCUCGCUGCUCUCCAAACCUCCAGCCUCCCACUCCACCCUCCCCACUCACAGCAAAACCUAUGAAACCCCUCAGGAGGAGCAGCAGUCGCAACAGGCACCACCGCCCCCUCCUCCUCCUCUGCCUCCCCCCUGUGAGCCGCCUCCUCUUCCCAAACCGGGCCACGCCUCGGACACAAACCACAUGAGUGUGAAGCGUCUGCGCUGGGAGCAGGUGGAGAACUCUGAGGGGACCAUAUGGGGUCAGCUCGGAGAGGACUCGGACUACGACAAGCUCACUGACAUGGUGAAGUAUUUGGAUCUUGAUCUGCACUUUGGGACUCAACGCCAAUCCAUGUCUCCUCCAGAGCCAGCCUUCCUGCCGGAGAACUUUAAAAAGAAAGACGUGGUGGAGAUUCUGUCUCAUAAGAAAGCCUACAACGCCUCCAUCCUCAUCGCCCACCUGAAGCUCUCCACCUCUGAGCUGCGUGAGGUUCUGAUGAACAUGACCACGGAGCGUCUGGAGCCCGCUCACAUCAAGCAGCUGCUGCUGUACGCCCCCAACGAAGAGGAGGUCAAGCAGUACGAGCAGUUCGAGCAGGACCCCGCCAAACUCAGCGAGCCAGACCAGUUCAUCUUCCAGAUGCUGAUGGUUCCCGAGUAUAAAACCCGUCUGCGGAGCCUCCACUUCAAGACCACCCUGCAGGAGAGGACGGAGGAGAUGAAGGUCGCGUACGAUUACAUAUACAAGGCUUCAGUGGAGCUGAAGAGCAGCAAGAAGCUCGCCAAAAUCCUGGAGUUUGUACUUGCAAUGGGGAAUUACCUGAACAAUGGGCAGCCCAAGAGCCACCGGACGACCAGCUUUAAGAUCAACUUCCUCACUGAGCUUAGCACAACCAAAACAGUAGACGGGAAAUCCACCUUCCUCCACAUUCUGGCCAAGUCUCUGUGCCAACACUUCCCCGAGCUGCUCAACUUUUCCAGAGACCUCACAACGGUGCCUCUGGCCGCCAAGGUGAACCAGAGGGCCAUCACUGCAGAGCUGACUGACCUUCACUCCACCAUCCUGGACAUCAGGAAGGCGUGUCUGAAGAUCCCGCCCACCUCCGAGGACCACUUCGCCUCCGUCAUGAGUAGCUUCCUGGAGAACAGCCACCCUGCGAUCCAGUCUCUGGAGUCUCUGCAGACCCGAGCCAUGGAGGAGUUCUCCAAAGUGGCCUCGUUCUUCGGAGAGGACAGCAAGUCCGCCAACACCGAGUCCUUCUUCGCCAUCUUCGCAGAGUUCAUCGGCAAGUUUGAGAGAGCUCUCAGUGAGACCAAGACUCCAGAAAACCCCAGAAGCCCCAGACUGUCCUCCCCUCUGGCCUGGUAGAAGAAAAGAAGAAAAAAGAGGAUUAUGGUCAGAUGUCGGCUUCAUUUUCACUCUGCUCUCCAACAACCAAAGUGCCAAGAUCACACACAGAGACACUCAUAGCGACGGGAACAGAGAGCGCGUCAUCUAUAGCAAACAGAAAGGAAAUACAGUGUAAUCUAACUGUAGAAAAUCACAGAUAAUGAGCGCCCUGUGUGCAUCAUUACUGUUAUUUCAGGUGUGAACAGGAAGUCACGGCACACUAGUCUUUACUUUAUUUACUUAUCUUUUUAAAGCAGGUAGUCAAAUAAUUAAACCCUCUAUUAGCUCCGGUGCAACUCGAUGAAAGAACUGGAUAUUUAGGUUACUAGCGAUGUUUAAUACCUGACUAUAUAAAAGUUUAUAUUUUCUAUCAGAUCAUAUUUGAAAAUUGUAAAGAGUAAGCGUAGAUGUAGACGGAUGAAUCUAGAAGCAGGUGUAGUUUAGGUAGCGUGUACAGAGCCAGAGAGUUCAUACAGCGGUGCGUUCACUGCCUCACACACAGCAUGAGUUCAUUACUAAUGGUAAAAAUCAAUGUUUUAUUCCAGCAUUAUGUAUCCACAUUACUGAUUUAGAGUUACAUAUGUUACCGUAUCAUCCUAUCAUACUGUGAGUUUAAAGGGCAUCUACUGUAUUAUAGGCAUUGUAAUACAAUAAAAAGAUAUAGGGAGAUUAAGUCAAAUUCAUCCACACCCACUGGUUCAGUUAAUAAUCUCUAUGGAAGCAAAACAACGCCCGAAGGUUUUUUAAUAUAAACAUCCUACUUUUUUCAGGUUUUCACAUUAAUUCUAACAACUUUUCGUUAAGGGCAUUAGUUGGAUGAAACAGAAAACAAAUGAAAUUGUUCAAACCCCCCCUGGAGGUAACUUUGAGAUUUUAGCCUUUGCAGACCAUUUACAUGCACCAAAACCUACAGUAUUAACACGCUACAGAAAAGGGAAAAUACCCCAAAAAACGUGUUAAAACCGCAGCAACUCAUAGGCAUUGUGAUUGAUUGCCUGCAAGGACUCUAGAUUAAUCCGAUAACACGACCGGGUACGUUUUUUAAAUUGACUUUUUCCCAUUAAUAACAACAUAUGUUUUUGUUAAGGGCCUUAGUUGAAUAAAAUAGAAAACAGAUGACAUUUUGGAACUCUCUCUGUGGGGAACUUUGGGAUUUUUGCCUUUGCAGACCAUUUACAUGCACCAAAACCUUUAUAACACACUACAGGAAAGAGAAAACCCCAAAAUACAUUAAAGGGCCCCUUUAAAAACACAGCUACUCAUUAGCAUUGCGAUUUUUCUGCUUGCGAAGGACUUCAAGUUGAAUGAAAUAACAUAUAUUUAUUCCUGAAACAUCCUCAGACCACCUUUCACAGAGAGGCGAUGCUGAACACAUCAGCAUGUGGAGAAGCCUGGCUCACAAAUCCUCUGUUUGACAAAGCGUGGGUCUCUGGGUUUAAAUGAGAGAGCUGAGUGCUUCAGGCAGAGACUCUUCAGUGCGGUAAACUGAUGAAUGAAUGUCAAACGCAUGUGGAGGAAAAUCUAAACGUCCUCCUGUAAAUGGUUCCUUCCUGCUUCCUGGUCGUCAUGGUGACUCCUCUACAGUACAGUGUGUUGUAUUUAUGUCGAUGAAAUAUUGUUGAGAUUGUACAUUUACAGUUUUUGCUAUGCACUGCUCAUUUAAUUUUUUACCGUAUGUGUGUUUUAAAAAACCUAGUGUGUGUCAUCAGGACAUUCUUGUUAUUUAUUCUUUAUGCGCUGCUUUAGUCAGGCUCAUACAACGGCGUCUUAGGGACAUUUGUAGUUUUAAAAUAAAUUAAUUACAGAGCCAGGAGAGGUGAGUAAUAUCUGAAAGAAAUAUCCAAAGACUAAAGUUGUAAAUACAUAAAAAAGUGUAUUUUAAGAGAUUAAAUGGUUCUUUUACGUGAAAAAACAUGGAUAUAUUUUGUGAGUAAAGAGGUACAUUUACGUGAAAAAACAUGUACAUUAUUUGAGAUCAAACUAGUAGGAAAGAGUAAUUAUAUCAUCUUUUAUAAUUACAUUUUUCAUAUUAUUAAUCUGUAAAUAAAAAGUCAUAAAUUGGCAAAGAAAUCUGAAAUACCCCAAAAUCAAAGGCUCACAUUUUAAUUAAAAAAAUCACAAUAUUCUAGUUUUUUCCUCAUGAAUGUAUUAAUAAUAUUAACUUAUUCCAAGAAUAUUUUCAAUUUAUAAUCCUAUGCUUUAACUCUAAAUAUGACUCCCCUCUGGCUCUGUUAUUAUUUACUUUUGAACCUCUGUGGUCCCAAUAUGCCGUCGUAGACAAGCUGACUGAUCUUGUAAAAUGCGACCCCAGCUGCUGCUGCAGUCUCAGUGUUUUUUGUCCAAAUGGAUCGCAUGUUGGUGCAGUCGUUGUGUGAAGAUGUGCGGCUGGUAGCAUCCCCCCCCCCCCUGGAUAUUUAAGU